AUGUCCCGUGUUCGGAAGGGGCUCUCGUAUGUGCUAGGCGACACAAGCGCCAACGAGAAUCACAUCUUGCCCAUCAAUGCUAUGCAGCUCCUGGCGAAGUCCAAGUGUCUAUUCACUGGAGGCAGAGACGGAGUGGUGAAAGUAUGGAGUCCCCAAAUAGACGGGCCCAGCCUGCCGCUGUUCAACAUGGGGGAGUCCGAUUCAGAAGAGCUGCUAGUUCAGGAUCUCAAUGAGCAGCUUCUCAAGUUAGAGACGGCCAUACUGUCUACAUCUCUUCAGCAUCGGGACCUUUCCACAAUGUACGACUCUUCGGCGACACUGAAUAGAAACACUCAUUUCGAUUGGAUCAACGAUAUCAAGCUUGUGAACGGGGACAGGUCGUUGGUGACUGCUCUGGCAGAUCUUUCCUUGAAGUUGAUCAAUCUCAAUACCAAAGAUGAGAACGAUGUACAUAAGUUCUGCAACGUCCAUACGGACUACGUCAAAAAGCUUCUGUCCAUUGCCCUGCAGAACCUUGUUGUGAGUGGUGGCCUUGACGGAACGGUUGCGAUCUGGGACCUCAAGACAUUAAAACCGAUUCUGCACUUUCCCAACUUCUCCGGUGCUCCCCACCUUCCUUCUUCCGUAUACGCUUUGGCAAAUAAUCACAGCAACUUGGUCUCUGCUGGCGGGCCCAGCAACACAAUCAACUUAUACGAUCGGCGUAUCUCGAAAGAAGGAGGUGCCAACCUUAUUAGAAAGUUAGUGGGGCACCAAGAUAAUGUCAGGUGCCUUUUGAUGAACUCAGACUUCAUCUUGAGCGGUUCUUCUGACUCGACAGUGAAGCUAUGGGACAUGCGUAACUUCAAGGUAUACAAAAACUUUGAAAUGCACGAUGACCCGGUUUGGAGUCUCACAACUCCGUAUGCCUCGUCUCCAGGCCUUGCUGGAGAUUCUGGAAUCUCUGACUUCAAAGUGUUUUACUCUGGAGAUAAGGCAGGAAAUGUUGUGAAGACGGAUUUGAGUUAUCUUUCUGCACACAUUGCCGACGAAGAUGUCGUGGAGCCAACAUUCACUUCUACUGACCUAACACUUAUAGAUGAGAAGCUCGGACUCUGCACCUUGGUUGCAAAAGCCGACUCGCCAAUCGUUUCGUUGUGCGUUGAUGAGGACAGCUCCAUCUUCGCAUCGACAUACAACGCACUUUACCGUUACUACAUUCCAGAUACUCAGCAAAUGGCUAAGUAUCAAUACUAUAGAACGUAUGUUGACCAUCUAGUCAACAUCGACAACCAGACUGACGAUGACCACCACCAAGCUAAGCUAGAAGGAGCCACAGCAGAUCAAUCUGAUCUCAACUCUGACUUUUACGACAUCGUCAGCCAUCUUUCAAUGGACACUACAUUAGACAUUCAGUCAUCUUUCUCCAAUUACCCGAUGUCGGUGACAAAUAUAGAGCGGGACGCAAUAGACGGAAAUGCCGAGUAUAACUCGAUGUUUUUGUGUAUUAAUGGGGGCCCUUCUACUGAAUUUGUUAAUGCGUACAAGGAGGAGCUCAAGCCAACGACAAUCGAUGAGGAUACCACAGUAGACCAGACCCCUGUGGAAAUUUUGCUCAACCCCAUUCCUGCUUGUCAAGUUAUCUCGGUAGCGUUCAAUUCACGCCCCAUAGAAAGGUUUCCAUUGAGUCCUAAGUCUAUUGUGGCGAAGCGCAUGCUUAACAACAAGCGCUGGAUGGUUGUGCUUUAUCACAAUGGAGACAUCAAAAUAUGGGAUGUGUUCAUUUGUCGGGUGAUCAAGACAUAUCCAAGUAAGACAGGGAGUGACAAAAGACUAUCUGAUGAUGACAUGAAAGAGAUGACUCGGGCCAUGGACCAAAUCGUUCAAGAAAAUCAAACGCUAGAUACGUUCAGCAACUGGUGUGAAGUGGAGAUCAGAUCAGGUAAACUCUUGGUGUACAUAAUGGAGUCAUCUUCUCUCAAUGUGGAAAUUUACUACGACGAAAUGGUGAAGCAAUACCCAUUUAUGGCUCUCGAGAAGAACCAGGUAGCCAAAGAACACAUGGCAAGAGCCGUUGACGAUGAGAGAUACCCAUUGUCGAUUAUUUUCCUCAAUUCAAUUUUUCAUCAAUAUGCUUCCUACGAGCUAAAGAGUGACGAAAAGGCCAGAGAAGAGCUAAGGGCUUCAUGCGCAAAACUGAAGACCAGCGGGACUGGUUCUGAAGUGGAUCUGAAUUCUAUUUCUAGCAGGGCCGAAGACUCAUCCAAGAUGAAACGACUCUUUUCACGAAGGUCAUCGAAAGCUAAUCUUGCUCUGAUCCAAGUGGCCAAGCCUGAUUCCAGCCCUGCUCAAUCCUUUGCUAGUAAUUUAAGCGACCUAGCGGAUGAUCCGCUCACCUUGACUGACACAUCGAGCAUCUCUGACCAGAACGUUGCUGAUGACUCCAUUCUUAAACUUAUCCAGCAAAACAGACAAAAGUACAUGGAAUUCUACAAUCAGCAGGGAAACAAGAAGACGGCUACAACGGCGAUGUCUCUCUAUUCAAAUGACCCUGCGUUGAGUGGAAAAGAUGAAGGCUCCUUGUACUGUCCGUUCAUACCCGUGGAAAAGCUACCCGGAAAUCUUCUAAUCAUCAUAUUUGAAAAUUCUCCUGAUCUUGGCAAUUACAGAGAUGUUUGCAGCUUCCACUUGGAUGAGAUCACAGCUUUGACGUACCCUGUACAGCUGAUGAGCACUACGUACCAUCUCAUCAAGGACCUCAGACAAACUCUUCCAAGAUGGAUAGGGAACACAAUUUUGUUUAAUAAAUACGAUCGAAAGGAUUGGCCCAAGGUUGCCUUCCAGCUUUUCGAGGCAGACUACUCAUCUUACCCAGCAGACAAAAAAAUUGGCGGCAAAUCACAGAGAAAGAUCAAACGUCUCCCACCUUUGGAAAGCUCGCUUAAACUCACGUCGCAAAACAUGCUUCGAGUGAACAAGGUGUUACUUUACGUUACAGAGAAAUUUGAGUCGAGAACCUUGGAAAUGAAAGAAAAAAGGAAACCCUCAGACUGGUUGGAGCUAGAGUGUCGUGGCCAGAUUUUGGACCCAACAAUGACGCUACAGACAAUCAAAACCAAGAUUUGGAAGUCUAGCAGCGACAUUGAGCUCCAGUUCAGAAGAAAGUUCGAUUGA